UACUUGUACAAGUGAUUUUUUAAAUCACUCCUUUACGUGAUUUUUUGUUUUUGCAUAGAAACAUAGCGAUCGGUAAAGAAAAUUGAAAUUUGAAUUUCCCGCAAUUCGUAGCUCGUUGUAAUCUCGCGAGAAUACGCGGCAACCACGUGGUUUUCAGAAGAUUCGGAGGGAAAAGAUUGUAAACAUUGACAAGGAAAAUAAACAAAUAACGGUUGCAAAUUUAGACUACAUGAUUAUACCUUACAGUUACAGUGGCUUACUGCAUUAGCUAAGGCAUGGAUGAGAUUGUCCUUCCAGCACUAAUGGUCAUAUUUCCAAUAUUGGCAGUUGUAUUGUCAGUAAUAUUAACACUUAUUGUCCGCCAUACCAUUGUCAAGUUAAAAAAUGUGGACAGACUCAGAGUACGGGUUUUAGACAUUUCUAUUAGGACACACAACAAUGAUAGAAGGAGAAGGAGACCAUAACUGCAGCUCUGGGAACGAGGCAGAGAUGUUUGGUGAAAUGCUGAUGAGACAUAAAUUAGAGGCUAUGGCUUAUAAAAAGCCCAAACCUGGGACCUUUUGUAAAUAUCAGACUGAAGACAGACUGAUAAAAACUGAAAGAAUGAAAAAGACAAGACUCAUAAAAGAGCUGACAAGAAUUGGGGGAAAAUUAAAAACUCACAAUAAAGAACCAGUUGAGUGUCUAUUCAUCAUAAAAAACAAAUCAACUAACCGUUUUAAAUAUGUGGGUUUUGGAGACGUUUGUGAAAAAUUUGAGAGUGGCUUGCCUAUUACUAAACACAUUUCCAAGUGCAGAAAAUAUACCUUUCCAGAGCAGGGAUAUUUUCCGAAUACAGAAGAAGUCAACAAAGACAUUGAACAGUUGACACCGAACAAGUACUCAUUUGGGUUUAUUGAUACAGGAAAUCAACAAUCAACAUCGAGCAACAUGACUCUCUGUGAAUUGCAAAAGAAACGAAUAAAUUCAAUGGAAAUUAAUGAUUUAGAAACCAUCAACAUUAAAAGAAAGAGGGAACUGUUCAGCCAGAAGGCUAGAGGGAAAGGAGCGAGGGGAGGAGGGAGACAACAGUUUAGAGAAAUAUCAAGUGAUUCUGAGAGUCAAUCAGAUGGUGCCGUGAACAAAAGGUUAAAAAAGGCUAAUCGGGGAAGAGGAAGAGGAAGAGGCGCACCCAAAGGAAAGGGAAGAGGAAAGACAUCCCAAAGAAGAACAACUGAAGCUAAUGCACCUGAACAACAGGAAGAAAAGGACCUAAGUGAUGAAAUACCAAUUAUCAUCCAUGAGCGCAAAAGGAACAAUGUACCCAAGGCAGGAACCAGCAAUGACCAUGAUGACAGUUUAAAUAUAAGUAAUACCACCUUGAACGAUUUGUUUCCAAUUGAUGGUGCCUCGGAAAUUGAAAUGGAAGAUGGUACCACAAUCAGUUUCCGGGAAUUAGGGGAUGUUUUUGAACAGCACAUGGAUGACUCAGAAGAAGUGCAGGCCCCUGAAGUCAAGGCCCCGGAAGUCCAGGCCCCUGAAAUCCAGGCCUCUGAAGUACAGGCCCCUGAAGUCGAUGCUACCAAAGUACAGGCCCCUGAAGUACAGGCCCCUGAAGUACAGGCCCCUGAAAUCCAGGCCUCUGCAGUCCAGGCCCCUGAAGUACAGGCCCCUGAAGUCCAGGCUACCGAAGUACAGGCCCCUGAAGUCCAGGCCUCUGAAGUCCAGGCCCCUGAAGUCCAGGCUAGUGAAGUCCUGGCCCCAGAAGUCCAGGCUACUCAAGUCAAGUCCACGGAUGAAAGUCAACCCAUACCAGCUGCACAACUGCACACAACAUGUACAAGAAAUGUGCCAAAGGAAAAUGAUUUUGUGAGAGUGAAGUUUGUUGUUAAAGCCAGAGGGAGUACAAAAGAACAAUAUUUUAUUGGACAGGUUGUUGAACUUAUUGAUGGGGAACCUGUGGUAUCUUUUUUAAAAGAUACCAAGGAUAGUCAACUAAAGCAGUGGCCUGACAAAACAGAUUUGGCUUUGGUGGAUCCUUCAAUGAUCACAGAUAUUCUACAAGAGCCAGAAACUGUUUUAACUGGCAGAAGACUACUGUUGAAAUUUAAUUAAUAUUUUUAUGUUGAAGGCAUAGUUUUACUAUGAAAGUACUUUUAUUUGUGAGAAACCAAUUUUCAUGGUUUUCAUGGGUGACAUUAUCCAUGAAUUUAAGUGACAUGUAAAUGGCCUAAUAAACACCUUUGAUGGUCUUUAAUCAGUCUCUAUUUCGAGUUCAUUAGUACGUAUGAUCACUUUGAUUUACAAUUUACAUUGGUCAAUUUAUACUUUGAAGCUUCCUUUCAUCUAGACAAUUUCUAACGUUUGUUUCUAAUAACUUCAAUAUUUUGAUUUUUUCUUUUUUUUGGAAAACUAAAAUCUACAAUUUUAAAACCCACGAACAUGUAAAUGUUGCUCAAAUCACGAAAAUUGAAACCCACAAAUUAAAGUACUUUCACAGUAACUAAAUUGAUUUUGUGUGUCCUAUAGAUUUCCUUAUGUACAAUGAGAACUUUUGAUGUGUAAUUACAAAAUGUAAUUGUUUGAAAUGCAAUACAUGCAAUAAGUAGUGAGAAAGCCAUCAGUAUUGAGUUCUAUUAAUCACUUAACACAGUGAUUCUAUUGUCACUGUUUUAAGUGAUUCU